AUAAGGACCAAGUAAUAAUAAGUGUAGCGUAUAAUUUCUUCUAUGAGGAACACGACAAAUGGGUGUCCAAUUAUUUAUCAUUAAUUUCUUGUAUCUUUCUUUGGUACCAAAAGGUCCAUUCACGAUAUAUAACGACAUAACAUCUUUGUAAUUCACGUCCCUUCAUCAUAUUCACAUGUCUUUGUAUGUAAAUGGUCCACUGUUCACAACGACUCAUGUGUUAUAUGUAUAUGCUCGUACAUACAUGUUCCAUGAUCUUAACAUCUUUCAAGUAUGAUUUAUUACGUACGAACCACAUGUUUGGCUUAUAUGUAGCAUUGUCCGCACAGUUUCUUGUCUACUCUAAUAAUAUGUGUGCUUAUAGCUCAUUCAAUUAAUUUGCUUUGUUUGACAUGAAUGUAUUGAAGGUAUUGGCACCAUUGCCAAUUGGAUUUUCGGUGUUCAUGGUUCAUUUAGCCACAAUCCCAAUCACUGGAACUGGAAUUAACCCGGCUAGGAGUUUUGGAGCUGCAGUCAUCUACAACAAUCAAAAGGCUUGGGAUGAUCAAUGGAUCUUCUGGGUCGGUCCAUUUGUGGGAGCAGCAAUUGCAGCUUUGUACCACCAGUUUGUGUUGAGAGCUGGUGCUAUGAGGGCUUAUGGGUCAGUCAGGAGCCAGCUUCACGAGCUUCACGCUUAGAAUUUGAUUUUUUCAAAACUAUCUAAGAGGUGGAGAUUUCUUUGGGCCAGGAGGAAGGGGGAAAAAUAUCAAAAUAAUAAUUAAAAAAGAAUUUCUUGGUGAGUAACAUUUAGUGUAUUAUUUGUUGCUUUGAGGGGGAGGUUUGAGAGUGACUUUAUAUACCAGUUUGCUGUAUCCAAGCUUGUAGAAUGUAUGUUUCUAUUUGAUGUAUUUGUUAUAUAUAUUCUGUACUUGUCAACCCUUCUAUUUGUUGAAUGAUGUUUCAUAAUUAUAAAUUAUCUACUUCUUUAA